AUGUCCGAUCCCCAGAAAUACUGGGUAGGCUGGAUCUGCGCCCUGCGGGUCGAAUUCGUCGCCGCGCAGACAUUCCUCGACGAAGUCCACGACGGCCCAGCAUUCGUCCAGCCCCAUGACUCCAACAGCUACAAGCUGGGCGCGAUCGGUGCCCACAAUGUCGUUGUCGCGACUCUCCCAGAAGCCGAGUACGGCACUGCCUCUGCUGCGCGCGUUGCCGCGAACAUGCUCACCAGCUUCCCGAACGUGCGGUUCGGCCUGAUGGUGGGGAUUGGCGGCGGGGCGCCGAGCAAGAAGAAUGAUAUCCGGCUUGGGGAUAUUGUGGUUGGGGUUCCGAGAGAGGGCGAGAGGGGUGUAUUGCAGUAUGACUUUGGCAAGACGGUGCAGGAGCGCAAGUUCCAGGUGACGAUGUUGUUGAACCAGCCACCGGAUACCCUGCUGAGUGCUGUCGCUGCGAUACGGACAAAACAUACUCUUGCUCGUCAUGGAAUCCACGAAGCCGUUGAUGCUGCGCUUGCUCGGAAUCCAAGGCUCGUGGGUGAGUUUGGGCGUCCGCUGCCGGAGAGUGACCGGCUCUUCAAGCCUGACAUUGUUUACGAUCCGGCUGUCCAGUUUGAUGCCAGUGCUCUUUUGCAGAGAAGAGUUCGCCAGCCGCAUGAGGAUAAUCCGGCAAUUCACUAUGGCACGAUUGCCUCGGCGAACCAGCUCAUGAAGGAUGCUACGGUCCGGGAUAGGCUCAUUGCGGAGAAGAAUGUUUUGUGCUUCGAGAAGUGGGCCGCGGGGCCCAUGAACCAUUUCCCGUGUCUUGUGAUCCGGGGGAUCUGCGACUACUCGGAUUCGCAUAAAAAUGAUGCGUGGCAGGGAUACGCGGCGAUGGUGGCGGCAGUGUACGCAAGAGAGUUGCUCGACGUGAUUCACCCCACCUCGGUGGAGGUUCAGCGCACGCUCCAGGACCUUGCAAGGAAGGAAUUCAGUAAUAUGAAACCAGAUAUAAACAGCCUCAAGGCCACUAAUGAUAAGAUCUAG